AUGAAUCGUACGUCUAUUCCUCGCAUAGUACCUACUACAAAACCAUGGUCUGAUGGAUCGAUCACAGGUUUAAAUAAGCCUGUCUCAAAAGGUCAGCGCGUAGUGAUUAUGCAUGCUGGAUUUGAGUCUAAAUUUAUAACAAACGCAUUGUUAUUGUUUAAGGCGGGUACAAAGAGCGGCGACUACCACGACGAUAUGAAUUAUGUAAAUUAUGAAAAAUGGUUAAAAACUCAAUUGGUACCAAAUCUUCCACCAAGAUCAGUCGUGAUAGUCGACAAUGCUUCAUAUCACAACAAAGAAUAUAACUGCCCCUAA